AAGUUGAAGCCGAUAGACUUUAGCGACAAUAGAUGGUAUGAACCGAAAUUUGUUUUUUACGACCAGAGCUUGUACACGGAAACGAAGAGCAUGAACCCGGAUACAGACCGUUUCUGGCGCCUUAUAUCGCUUUGUCACACGGUUAUGUCCGAGAUGAAGAACAACAAACUGGAGUACAUGGCUCAAAGUCCGGACGAGGCGGCGCUGGUCGGCGCCGCCAGAAAUUUUGGCUACGUAUUCAAGUCUCGCACUCCCGAUUCGAUUAUGAUCGAGGUGAUGGGCGUCGAAGAAACGUAUGAGUUGAAAUGCAUUCUUGAUUUCAACAACUACCGGAAACGUAUGUCCGUGCUGGUGAAAAAGGAUGGGAAAGUGACGCUGUACUGUAAGGGUGCCGAUACUAUGAUUUUCGAGCGGAUUUCUAAGAGUUCUGCAGCCGAGUUGGAGGCCAUCACACAGAGUCAUCUAGACAAGUUUGCUAAUGAUGGUCUUCGCACUUUGUGUCUGGCAUAUAAAGAAGUGGAUGUGGACUACUUCGAGGACUGGAGCAGGCGCUACGAGCAGGCAAGCAUACUGAUGAAAGACCGGCAGGAAACGCUGAACAACCUGAUCGCUGCCAACAUCAAAAUCUGGGUGUUGACCGGCGAUAAGCAAGAAACAGCUAUUAAUAUUGGCUAUUCCUGUCGUUUGCUGACGGUCGAUUUGAAGGAAGUGUUUGUCGUUGACGGAAAGACUUUGGAAGACGUGCGAAAACAGCUAGAAGCGAUAAUUGUUCAGUUGAAUGAACCGUCGACUUCAAACGCAAGGGACGGGCGAGUGACCAGUGUUCAUUUCCAAGAGCCGGAUAAAAACUCUGACCUCCUAGUGAAAAAGACGACUUAUGGUAGUUGUUCGACAAUGCUGGACGGUGGAGAUCUCCAAGGAUAUGGACUAGUGAUCAACGGCCAGAGUCUGACGUUUGCUUUGGAGCCACAGCUGUCCAAGUUGCUGUUCACAGUGGGCUGUGCGUGUCGCGCAGUCAUUUGUUGUCGCGUGACACCCCUGCAGAAGGCGUUGGUCGUCGAGCUGGUAAAGAACAACCGUGACGCGGUGACACUGGCGAUCGGUGAUGGUGCCAACGACGUGUCGAUGAUCAAAACGGCGCAUAUUGGCGUUGGCGUUUCAGGCCAAGAGGGUAUGCAGGCGGUGCUGGCGUCCGAUUUUAGCAUCGCUCAGUUCCGCUACCUCGAAAAACUGCUGCUUGUCCAUGGCAGGUGGUCGUACCUGCGAAUGGCCAAGUUCCUGCAGUAUUUCUUUUACAAGAACUUCGCGUUUACCACUGUCUACGAUCCGUUGUUCAUCGCUUUCUACAAUUUGUUCUUCACGUCGCUGCCAGUACUUGGCGUCGGCAUAUUCGACCAGGACGUAGAUGAAAAGUACAGUCUGAAGUAA